AUGCCGUUCUCCCACCACAGCCACUCCGGCCAAUUCUGCCCAGGUCAUGCCAAAGACUCACUGGAAGAUGUGAUUCAAACGGCAAUUAGCAAGAAAAUGCAAGUUUUCUGCCUGACUGAACAUAUGCCCCGCCAUAAAGAAGAUUUCUACCCGGAAGAAGUUGAAUCCGGCAACACAGAAGAGAGCCACGCAGCCAAUGAAGCAGCUUACUGGGAAGAAGCACAACGGCUACGGGAAAAGUACGCCUCCCAGAUCAAGAUCAUCAUUGGAUUCGAGAUCGACUGGAUCAGACCCGCCUCUCGAGACUUGAUUGAUCGCUCUCUGGCUCGAUUCCCCUUUGAGUUCUUUAUUGGAUCAGUUCAUCAUAUGCACACUGUGCCGAUUGACUAUGAUCGACCCAUGUAUGAGCAGGCGAGAGAGUUAGCGGGCGGUACCGACGAGCGACUGUUCGAGGACUACUUCGAUGCGCAAUUCGAUAUGUUGCAGCAAUUGCAGCCGAUGGUGGUGGGUCAUUUUGAUUUGAUUCGACUCAAGUCCGAUGAUAUGGAGCGCAGUUUUACGGAGUGGCCCGGGGUUUGGAGUAAGAUUCUACGGAAUUUGGAUCUCAUUGCUUCCUACGGUGGCAUGCUGGAGCUGAACUCGGCUGCUCUGCGGAAGGGUAUGAGUGAGCCAUAUCCCAAGGCUGAAAUCUGCAAGGAAUUCCUGGCACGAGGCGGCCGCUUCGUUCUGUCUGACGAUAGUCAUGGUGUUGACCAGGUGGCCUUGAACUUCCACCGGGUGUUGGAUUUCUUGGACCUUGCGGGCAUUACUACGCUGCACUAUCUACAGCUUGGGGUGCCCUCGGUGUCAGCUAUUGUCCCCGAUGCGCGGUUCCCCCAAACGCAAGUUGCAGAGGUUUCGGUGGAGGAGUUGCGCAAGAUGGAAUUUUGGGUCUAA